AUGUCCAUUCCUUUCGUUGCGAUCGUUGGCGCCGGCCCCAGCGGCCUACUUCUAGCACUCAUGCUGGGCCAAAGGGGAAUACCUGUACGCCUUUUUGAAGCCGCAGAAUCCCUGGACGAUCGCCCGCGUGCCACCCAUUACUCUCCGCCAGCUGUCUACGAGCUACGCCGGGCUGGGGUACUGGAAGACAUGAAAGGCGAAGGCGCAUUCAUACCUGACGGGGCUUGCUGGAGGAAACUCAACGGUGAAUUCAUCGCGGGAAUUGAUGCAGGAAGAAACGCAGACCCGACUUCGGACCCCUUGACCUGCCUUCCGUUGAAUAAGCUAAACCUUGUUCUGCAGCGCCAUAUCUCCAGACUGCCCCAUGUUGAGAUUUUAUAUUCGCAUAAAGUGACUGGGAUCGGCCAGGAUGAAAGCAAGGCGUGGCUGGAGGUAGAAGCGCCUGGUGGUCCACAGAAACCCGAGGCGCGGUAUAUAGUCGGAUGCGACGGGGCAAACAGCCAGAUUCGACGAUCUCUGUUUGGGGAUUGGGAAUUCCCUGGUUUCACUUGGGAUCAGCAAAUUGUUGCUACUAAUACCUACUACCCGUUUGAGAAACACGGAUUUGACUGGGAUUCCAAUUUCAUCAUUGACCCAGAGCAUUGGUAUAUGGCUGCCCGUAUCAGCGAUGACGGAUUAUGGCGCGUGACAUACGGUGAAGUGCCAGGCUUGAGCUUUGAUGAGCUGAAGGCUAGACAGCCGGCGAAGUUCAAGGCUUGCUUGCCAGGUCAUCCCGAACCUGGCGAUUACAAAAUGGUCAAUUUCAGUCCUUACAAGGUUCAUCAACGACUCGCUAAGAAAAUGAGGGUUGGACGGUUUUUAUUGGCUGCCGACGCGGCACACUUAUGCAACCCCUUUGGAGGACUGGGAUUGACAGGUGGAAUUGUGGACGUUGGUGGACUUUCCGACUGUCUGGAAGGUAUAUACACUGGACGUGCUGAGGAUGGUAUUCUGGACAUCUACGACACUGUUCGCCGGGGAAAAUACAAGGAAAUAAUCGAUCCAGUUUCCUCCGGUAACAUUCGACUUCUGUUUGAGCAGGACCCCGACACUGCUUCCGUUGAGAACGCAUUUUUGAAGACAUGUAAGCAAGCAGAGACUGACCCCGAGGUCGUUGCUGCACUGAAGAAAGCGGGGAAUGCUCUUCAAUAUGACUUUAGGCAACAUUACCAGAAAUGA